CUGCGGCGGCCGCGGCGGCCCGGGCUGUCGCGGGCCGGGGCGGUUGGGGCUGGUGGCUGCCGCUGUCGCGGCCAUGGAAUGGAGUUCCGAGUCGGCGGCCGUGAGGCGGCACCGCGGCGCCGCGGAGCGUCGGGAGGGACCGGCGGCCGCGCCGCAGCGGGAGAGAGAGGCCUCAGCGCGGGAGGAUGCGAGCGGCGGCGGGCGGACGCGGAGGAGGAGCUCGGAGAGCGGAGGCGCAAGCCGGGGCGCGGGGACCGCGCUGUCCGAGGCGCGCACGGUGCUGGCGCUCGCACUCUACCUGCUCGCCCUGCGGGCGCUCGUGCAGCUCUCGCUGCAGCGGCUGGUGCUGAGCCGGACCGCAGGGCUCCAGGGCGAGUUCGACGCGCACCAAGCCAGGGAUUAUCUGGAACACAUAACAGCCAUUGGUCCCAGGACUACAGGAAGUGCCGAAAAUGAAAUUCUGACAGUGCAGUACCUUUUGGAGCAGAUCAAACUGAUUGAAGUACAAAGCAACAGCCUCCACAGAAUUUCAGUAGAUAUACAAAGGCCCACAGGUUCCUUUAGCAUUGACUUCUUGGGAGGUUUUACAAGCUACUAUGACAACAUUACUAAUGUUGUGGUAAAGCUGGAACCCCGAGGUGGAGCCCAGCAUGCUGUACUGGCUAACUGUCACUUUGACUCAGUGGCAAACUCACCAGGUGCCAGUGAUGAUGCAGUCAGCUGUGCAGUGAUGCUCGAGGUUCUCCGAAGCAUGUCAGUGUCGUCAGAACCCUUGCAACAUGCUGUGGUGUUUCUCUUCAAUGGUGCUGAGGAAAAUGUCUUGCAAGCCAGUCAUGGUUUUAUUACUCAGCAUCCCUGGGCCAGUUUGAUUCGUGCAUUUCUUAACCUGGAGGCAGCAGGUGUCGGAGGGAAGGAACUUGUAUUCCAAACAGGCCCUGAAAACCCUUGGUUGGUCCAGGCUUAUGUUUCAGCAGCCAAACACCCUUUUGCUUCUGUGGUGGCUCAGGAGGUUUUUCAGAGUGGAAUCAUUCCUUCCGAUACUGACUUCCGAAUCUACAGGGAUUUUGGAAACAUUCCAGGAAUAGACUUAGCUUUUAUUGAAAACGGAUACAUAUAUCACACCAAGUACGACACAGCGGACAGAAUUCUCAUAGAUUCCAUUCAGAGAGCAGGUGACAACAUUUUAGCAGUUCUUAAACACCUAGCUACAUCCGACAUGCUGGCAUCUUCGUCUGAGUAUCGGCAUGGAAACAUGGUCUUCUUUGAUGUGUUUGGCCUGCUUGUCAUCGCGUACCCUUCUCGUGUUGGCGCAAUAAUAAACUACAUGGUAGUCAUGGCUGUUGUUCUGUACCUGGGGACAAAACUGCUGCAGCCCAGACACAGGAAUGCUGACUACACGCGAGACUUCCUGUGCGGACUUGCCAUCACCUUCGUUAGCUGGUUCACCAGCCUUGUCACCGUUCUCAUCAUAGCAGUGUUCGUCUCCCUCAUCGGACAGUCUCUCUCGUGGUACAACCACUUUUAUGUGGCUGUUUGCCUGUAUGGAACUGCAACCGUGGCCAAAAUCAUACUCAUACACACCCUUGCAAAACGAUUUUAUUAUGUGAAUGUCAGCAACCAGUAUCUGGGAGAAGUGUUCUUUGACACCGCAUUGUCUGUGCACUGUGCCUUUCUUGUUGCUCUCACUUACCAAGGAUUUUGCUCUGCAUUCAUGAGUGCUGUCUGGGUAGCAUUUCCGUUGCUCACAAAGCUUUGUGUGUACAAGGACUUCAACAAGCACGGUGCCCAAGGAAGAUUUGUUGCUCUUUACCUUUUGGGGAUGUUUAUCCCAUAUCUUUAUGGACUGUAUCUCAUCUGGGCUGUAUUUGAGAUGUUUACUCCUAUCCUUGGAAGAAGUGGUUCAGAAAUACCCCCGGAUGUUGUACUAGCCUCCAUUUUGGCUGUCUGUGUGAUGAUUCUUUCCUCCUAUUUUAUUAAAUUCAUCUACCUUGUGAAAAGCACAAAGAAAACCAUGCUGACUCUGACACUGGUGUGUGCAGUCACGUUCCUCCUUGUCUGCAGUGGAACCUUUUUCCCAUACAGCUCCAAUCCUGCGAGUCCAAAGCCAAAGAGAGUGUUCCUUCAGCACAUGAGUAGAACUUUUCAUAACUUGGAAGGAAAUGUAGUAAAAAGAGACUCUGGAAUAUGGAUCAAUGGGUUUGAUUACACUGGAAUGUCUCACAUAACACCUCACAUUCCUGAGAUCAACGAUACAAUCCGAGCUCACUGUGAGGAGAAUGCCCCACUCUGUGGCUUCCCUUGGUAUCUGCCAGUGCACUUUCUGAUCAGGAAAAAUUGGUAUCUUCCGGCUCCAGAAAUUUCUCCAAGAAAUCCUGCUCAUUUCAGACUUAUAUCCAAAGAGAAGACACCAUGGGAUUCUAUAAAGUUGACCUUUGAAGCAACAGGACCAAGCCAUAUGUCUUUCUAUGUUCGGACCCACAAAGGAUCAACACUUUCUCAGUGGUCUCUUGGCAAUGGCACUCCAGUCACAAGCAGAGGAGGGGACUACUUUGUCUUUUAUUCCCAUGGACUCCAGGCCUCUGCAUGGCAGUUCUGGAUAGAAGUACAGGUAUCAGAAGAACAGCCAGAAGGAAUGGUCACGGUGGCCAUUGCUGCCCACUACCUAUCAGGGGAAGACAAGAGAUCUUCUCAGCUUGAUGCUCUGAAGGAGAAGUUCCCGGACUGGACAUUCCCCUCUGCACAUAGGGCUGCAGCUGGUAAUGUGCUGACUGCCACAUGUAUUGACACUCUACAGUGGAGCCACUGUUUCUGCUGGACUUAUCAGAAAUCCUAUCAGCGCUUCAAGUGGCUGGCUCCUGCUGUGGGCAAUAAAGACACAAUGCAUGUAUGUAUGCCUCAUUAUGCUGAACUUUUAAAAACAUACUUGACUGCAAAAAUUAUUGAGAAUUUAUUUAAUCCAAUUAUCCUGACCAAGUAGGACUAGUGAAAUGUACCAUACUAACAGAAUAAAUGAUGCUCUGCUUUGAGCAUCCCAGAAGAGGCUUUCCUCUAGCUGGUAAAGGUCAUCAGUGAGAACCCAGAGCAUCACCCUUAAUGAUAAAAGACUGGAAGAAAACAAGAUGUCCGUCAUUGCCACUCCUUUUUGAACAUCAUUCUGGUGGUUCCAGCCAGGGCAAUCUGGCAAGGAAAGACAAAACACUCAGAUCCUAAAUGCAGAGUCAAAAUUAUAUCUGGUUGCAAAUGACAUGACUGUCUAUAUAAAAAAAAGAUGAAAUUAAGCAUUCCAUUUAUAAGAAUACCAUGAAGAAUGAAACAGAACAAGAAGCAAAACCUACAAGAUACCGCUGAAAGAAAUCAAAGGCCUAAAUUGAAAGAUACGUUCCUGGAUUGGGAAGCAUGAUACUAAAAAGGACUGCAUUCUUCAGAUUUGUUUACACAUUCCAUACAGUUCCUAUGCAAGUCCCACUUUGGAUGUAUGUACACUGAAAAGAUGGUCCUAAAUUCACAUGGAACCACCGCAAGAGUCCUGAAAUAGCCAAAAUAGCCUUGAAUGUAUAAAUAAAUGUAGUGCUUGUACUUCCAAAACUUCCUAUAGAAAGCAAGAAUCGUCUAGUGUGCUGCUGUGGUAAACAGAUCAUCGUAACAGAUGCCAAUUAUUAUAAUUGCGUCCAGAAAGAAGCUCACACAUUUAUUGUCUGUUUUUGACAGUUCACAGGGGGGAAAGUCUUUUCCAUAUAUUGUACUCAGACAACUGAGUAUCCAUAUGCAAAAGAUUAAAGUUAGAGUUCUUCAUAUAUACAAAAAUUAAUUUAAAAUUAACUCAAAGUGUUUGAGCUACAACUAUAAAGCACAGAUAUAAAUAUUUCUAACUUUGGGCUAAAUUGUAGUUUCCCAGCUUUGAAACAAAAGCACAGCAACAAGGAAAGAAUAAACUGUGGACUCCUAUCAACAAGAAAAGCUGUUUCAAAAGACAGUAUCAAGGAAGGGAAAUCAUAAAGAAUGAGAAAAUACUAAUCAUAAGCUUGGGUAAGGCCUUGUAUCCAAAAAUAUAUAAAAUCACUGGCAAGCCUAAGAUAAAAACGACUUUGAGUUUGGUUUCAAAGGUAUCCAAGUGUCUACUAACCAUAUAAAAAGAUACACAUAAGCCAUUUUCAUGCAGCUCUUGAAAGACUUUGACUAAGAUGAUAAGUUUAGGUAGCAGAAGCUGGAGCCUUCAUUCACAGCUAAUGGGAACUUUAGUGUAGGUACCCUGGCAUAUAGAACUUGGUAUUUGCCCAAGGACAUAGUCACUUUAUCAUCCAGCAACUCCACUUCUACAGAGAACUGAAAACACAUCCAUACAGAAAAGUCUGGUUCCCCAAAUCCUCUUCCUUAUCUAUGGGGAUAUGAUCCAAGAUCCUCAGUGGGUUCCUGAAGCCUUAGAUACGUGAUACAUCAUACUUUUUCCCUAUAUAUACAUCUAUGAUAAAAGUUACGAGUUAGGUAAAACAAGAAAUAGGUGUAACAGUGUGCUAUAAUAAAAGCUAUUAAAAAUUUAGAAACUGUUUAUGUCUGUAUUUUAGAUUUAGUACUUUUUGGGCCUCAGUUGAAGACAAAACAGGGUAAGGGAGAACUGCUAUGAGAAUGUUUAUAGUGUUACAUUCUAAAAUUGAAAACUCAAACUGUAACCUUUAAAGUGGACAGUAAACAUAUCUACACAACAGCAUUAUUCAGCUUUAAAAAAAGCAAAGUAGAUACUAUACAUAAAGAAUUUUGAAAACAUAAUGCCAAGGUAAUAAACACCCACGUACUAGAUAUUUCUGUUUGGAAAUGUCUGGAAUAAGGAAAUCCACAAAGCAUAUUUAAGGGACAUGAGGAACUGUGCUAAUCAUUUUCUAUUUACCUACUAGGUUAGACACCUAGUUUCCUGUACACUUCUGUUUGGUGAUGACAUGGUGUGCAUCAUUUCUUCACUAUAUUUGAACUUGUACGCCCAUGUUAUGGAUGGUUCAAUAUUCUGUCAUCAGGCACUCAGAUGUUCCCACUUUGUAUCUACAUAUAAAUAUUUUAAAUAUA